GGACGUUGCUGUGUGUGCAAGGCCAUUCAUACUCUUGCAACCAUGUCAAACUAGGACACAGCUAUCUGAGGGGAUUUGCUAUUGGUUUAUGACGAUGUGGAAAUUCCAUUUUGUUGUGCGUAGUAUUUCUGUCUGCAGGUAGAGUUGUCACUUCCUGGAUGGAUUUCACUGACAAUGUCUAAUGUACGACUUGUGUUUUAUGUCCCACAUAUGUAAUAUGUAGGAUUGUGUCCAUGGAUAUGUUGUUGUUGCCCUAACAUGAAGGAUUUAGCUACAGGAAGGAUUAUAUCAUUGGGCAACGUGUGAUUUUCAAGCUGGGUGUUUGGAAGUCGAUCUAUGUGAAUGGCUCCUUACUGAAGUGGCUGACACACGAGUAUGUUUAAAGGAAAGCUACAGGAAUUGUAUGUGUGUCAAGGAUUUCUCAAACUGUUCUGAUAUUGUCUCAAGACAAGUGAGUUGUAAGGAAAGUAAUAUCACCAGAGUAUGUCUAAAGGAACGCUACAGGAAUUGCAUGUGUGUCAAUGAUUUCUCAAACUGAUCUGAUAUUGUCUCUGUGUGAGUUGUAAGGAAGUAUAAUCAAGAAUAUCCUAAAGGAAAGCUACAGGAAUUGUUUGUGACUGUGUCAAGGAUUUCUCAGACGGAUAUAUUGUCUCCGUGAAACUGAGUUGUAAGGAAAGUAUAAUCACCAGAAUAUCUCUAAAGAAAAGCCACAGGAUAUUUAUGUGACUGUUUGAAGAAUCUCACCAACCGAUUUAAUAUUUUCUGAAUGCAAGUGAGUUGUGAGGAAAGUAGUAUUCUCAUAUGAAUAAUUUGAGUUGAAGAAAAGUGAAUAUAAUGGAACCAAAUAUUUGAUUGUGAAAUUUUUGAGAAAUUUCAUUAGAUGUUUCAGUUAAUUGGUUCAAGGAAUAAUCAAGUGAAAAGUGAGUGGCAGUUAUUUCUUCAAAAUGUUAAAUGUGCACAUUACAUCUUGAGACCUGUAGUUUGGUUUUGUUAACCUCCUGAUUUCGAACUUCUAAUGAAUGUAAAACUGAGUAAUUGUGCUGAUUUGUUUUCAAAUUGUAAAGUAAAUAAUAUGAUUAUGCAAAACCAAACUUACUAUAUUUUGUGAAGUCAUUUUUUUUGGUCAACAAGAAAACUGUAACUAUGGCAUUUUCACGGAGAUCAGAGCCACCAUUGCCGCCAGUACUUUUAAGAGAAGGUUCUGUAAGGAAACCAGAAGUAUCGCAGCCAAGGAGCAGACGUCUGAGUCAGUAUAGUGCUUCUACCGUUCUGGAAGCUCAAGCCAACUGCAUCGCGUCCUGCGAUUGUACUGUGAACCAGCCAAUCACCGUCCCUGUAGAUGCUAAGUGGGAAAACACAAAGUCGAAUCAGGAUGAUGAUGCUCGGCCAAUGGUCAGUUCUGAGGAUAAUGUGGUGUAUUUGUAUCACAGUGACGACGAUGGCUGUUAUCACAUCACUGUGUUGAAGAACCGUCCUGGAGCAGACGCGGAGAUAUUUUUGACCUUUUCCCUUGAGGGGUUCGCCAGUGGUGGUUUGAAGUACAACAUUAAGGGUCCAUAUUGGCAUCACGUGUGUAUCUCUGAAAACAAUAAGGAACGUGAAUUUGUGUUUAAACUUGAGAAAGGUCAACAAGGUGAUAUCUUUACACAGAAGGUCAAGGACGUUCUUCAUAUAUUGGAACAAGGUCAUGUGACACGCCAGCAUGAUACAGAAACAGAGAUAGCCAAAGAAAAGUUCCCAGCUGUAUUCUUUUACAAAAGAAUGGAUGAUCCGUCGAUGCAGAGCGGGUUGCCACGGGGGAUGCAACCCACCCCACCCGAACACUUGAGAAAGAUCCUUGAACUUCUACAGGCGGCCAUCUUGGCUGGUGACGGUGAACGAGCCAAACAGAUCGCCCAUCGGCUGGCAGUGGAGAAAGUUAAACUGGAUAUUAAAGUGGAUGAAACCGAGAUAGAGAGAAGGAGGAAUGAGCCAAGCAUCAGUGUAAAGGUCCAUGUAGAGGAUCGAGAGACAUCCGGCUGCCCUGUCAACCUGAAAGUGAAGCCUUCGGAUACCAUAGGGGACCUCAAGAGAAAGAUGUUUCUUGAAUAUGAGUUCCCUGUGGAGGUCCAGAGGUGGAUAAUCGGGAGGAAGAUCCCCCAAGACCGAGAUACCCUCCACCGAUGCAACAUCCGCUCAUCGGGCCACACCGUGUAUCUGUACCUGGCCACUGCCAGAUCUGUCAACCUGGAACCCAACCAGAUGGAUACGAUGAACACAUUAGGACGAACUCCUCCAGAGAUGAGUGGGGAUUACAUGACCAUGGCUAAUUUCCGACAGUCCCAAAGGGGUCAAGGAGGUGCAGUUCAAAGGUCAAGUAGGCCACCCAGCAGACAACAGUCAAAUGUCUCCACUGGCUCAGGAAGCACACCCUCACAAUUUUCAGAAGCUGCCAGCCCCGAGUCUUUUGUUGACCCUUUACGUGCAUCAGGAUCAGUGCCCUCUUCAAGACCAAAUAAAGGACUAAGUCUGAAUGUAGGCAGAGGUCAAGCACAAUUUCAGAGUUUUGGAAGAGGUCAAGGACAAUUUCAGAGUUCUGGAAGGGGUCAGGGUCAAAAUGUUGGCAGAGGUCAAGCACAAGGUGGUGGCAGAGGUCAAGGUCAAUUUCCAGGAAUGGGUAGAGCUCAUGGUCCAAUUCAUAGUCCACCAGAAUUUUUGGAGGAACACGUUUUGAUUAGCUCCAGCCCUCCAGGAGCUACAGGUGGAGGUGUACAGUCAGCCGUCUCUCCUGAGUCAUCAGCAGAGAUUGGUUGGCAGUGUCCAGCAUGUACAUUUAUAAAUAAACCAACACGCCCUGGGUGUGAGGUUUGUGGAGGUGAUCGGCCCCCUGACUAUGAGGUUCCUAUUGGUUACAUCAUGACCAAGGAGGAGCUGUGCUGGUUGGCUGACAGAGAAGAUCAGGAGAGGCUGGUGCAGGAGGCUGACAGACAGAGAGGUGGCCCGGUAGGCAACACAGAGAUUGGCAAUGACGAGGAACUCACCGAGGAACAGCUUGAUCUCAUUUUACGAUUCAAUGACGCUAUAGUAGACCUUCAGCACCGACAGGCACCAAGGCAACAGGGUGUCGGCCAGAACAACACAGCCAGUUUACAAAAUCCUCUCCAGACACUGGCUGGCGGUGUUCAACCACUUCCUCGAGGGGAAGAUGUUCCGGAUCUAGAUUCACAUGCUCCAUCUGAUGAAGACAACAGUUCAUGGGCAUGACACAACGAUGUUGUAACCAAUAUUGGAAUGGAUGCUAGUGUUUAUUGCACUGAUUUUGACUGAUUGAGCAUUUGUGGAUCAGUGGAUCAAGUUAACCUUUAUCUGUGGAAGUGGUUAAAGUUUCUGACAUAUUGUGCCAGACGACCUAGUUGACUUUGAAAGCCCCGAGGGACCAGAAGCACUGUGUUUGUUUAAAACUGUUCUUCACUAUACAGUUUAAAAUUGUGUAAAUACAAUUGUAGUAUCUCCCAUUCUUUGAAGAUAUGAUGUUGCCAAAGAGACAAGCUCCUCCUUACUGUCAAAUUGUUUUUAUACCUGGCAAUAAUGAUUAACUUCUGAAUAGGAGAGGUGUUGGGGUAGUCUAGUGGUUAAAGCAUUCCCUCAUUAUGCUGAAGGCCCAGGUAUGAUUCUCCACAUAGGUACAAUGUGUGAAGCCCAUUUCUGGGGUUCCCCGCCGUGAUAUUGCUGGAAUAUUGCUAAAAGUGGCGUAAUACUAAACUCACUCACUCGCUCUGAAUUGGAGAUAACUCUGAUUUUGUGACAGUGUGCAUGCAUUUACUAAGUGUGUUGCUUUGAUGAUGAUGUUGGUCAUUCAGGUGAGAGGAACAUCGCACUAGUCAUCUAUACUCUUAUACAAUUUGGGGCGGUGGGGUAGUCUAGUGGUUAAAGUGUUCGUUUGUCAUGCCUGGGUUCGAUUCCCCACAUGGGUACAAUGUGUGAAGCCCAUUUCUGGUGUCCCCUGACGUGAUAUUGCUGGAAUAUUGCUAAAAGUGGCAUAAAACCAUACUCACUCACUCAUCAAACUUAUACAAGUUUACAACAUGAUAUAUGAUCAACAUACUUUUCAAAUCAGUGUUGACCUGUGAAGGUCCGGUUUAGAAUGAGCCUUCAGUAACCCAAGCUUGUGGUAAGAGGCGACUAACAAGAUCGGGUGGUCAGGCU